AUGACGUCAUCAGCCCGCGCCGUGCUGUUGUCAGAGCUGAGAUUCAGAGAGCAGGAUGAAGGAGCAAGUGGCAAGUGUUUAACUAACGGAGCUGCUGCUGACGGGUUCGGUUCGGUUCGGUCCGGUUUGAGCCGGCUAGCUGUUAGCAUCUGGACAUCUGCUGUAAAACUCAGUCAGUCAGUUUCUCAGGAUGCAGCUCUUGUAGCUCCACACAGAAUGAGUCGUGAUGAAGAAACCAAAGCUGGCUGGAGUUUUCCUCGUCCUCGGCUGCCUGCUCGCCUACCUGAUGUUUGUGAAGCGUCACUACUUAGCCACGAAGACUGAAGCCUACAGACUACCUCCCCCUUAUCAGCCCGGCUCGGACAAGCUCGGAGAUGAUGGGCCCGCCUCGGCGCCUGCUGAGCAGAAGUUCCAGUACGGCAUCAUGUUUGAUGCUGGGAGCACUGGGACCAGAAUCCACAUCUUUAAGUUCCAGUUAGAGGAUAAAGAAGCUCCCAGACUGGCCCACGAGACGUUCAGAGCCAUCAAACCUGGACUUUCUGUGUACGCUGACGAUCCAGAGAAGUGUACAGCAGGUAUCAAGGAGCUUCUGGAGGUGGCCAAGUCCAGCAUCCCGUCCUCCAUGUGGACCCUCACCCCUGUGGUCCUGAAGGCCACGGCUGGGCUCCGCCUGCUGCCCGGAGAGAAGGCCCAACACCUGCUGGACCAGGUGAGUCAGCUGUUUCUGGAGUCGCCGUUUCUGUCCAGUGAUGACAGCGUGUCCAUCAUGGACGGCACUGACGAAGGGAUUUCUGCCUGGAUCACCGUCAACUUCCUCACUGGUGGUCUUCACGGUGCUGACUCGCCCACAGUGGGGAUGUUGGAUCUGGGGGGCGGGUCCACUCAGAUCACCUUCAGUCCUCAAGACGAGAAAACCAUCCAGACCUCACCCAUCGACUACAUCAGGUCCUUCCAGAUGUUCAACAACACACACACCGUCUACACUCACAGCUAUCUGGGUCUGGGUCUGAUGUCGGCUCGGCUCGCCGUCUUAGGAGGCGUUGACUCUUCUCCCCUAGGGGGCAGCACAGAGCUGGUCAGCCCCUGCCUUGCUCCAGAGUACUCGGGCAGCUGGGAGCACGCUGACGUUGUGUACGCUGUGAGGGGUCAGAAGGCAGGGGAGCCUGUUUAUGAGGCGUGUCUGACCAAAGUGGAGAAGAUUCUGUACAGGAAGGUGACGAAGGCGCCUGAAGCAGCAGACAUGGAUUUCUACGCCUUCUCCUACUACUACGACCGAGCCGUCGACCUCGGGGUGAUCGAGGAGAAGAAGGGAGGAACCAUCAGAGUGUCAGAUUACAUCGAGUCAGCUAAAAGAGUUUGCAGUGGCCUGACUGCCAGUCCUCCCCAGAGUCCGUUCCAGUGUCUGGACCUGGUCUACAUCUCGGUCCUGCUGCAGGAGCUUGGAUUCCCCCCGACCAAACAGUUCAAGCUGGCGAGGACGAUCAACGAGGUGGAGACCAGCUGGGCUCUGGGAGCAACGUUUCAUUACAUCGAGUCCCUGAAGAGACACUGAUGCUUUUAUUGUGAAAAACUUGAGAACACAAACAUCCUGAAUGUUCUGAGCCUCAGACCCCUGGUGACCUCAUACCAUACCCAAACCCGACCCCCUAGUCUCUGUGGAGCCUGACACCUGCUGGUGAAAAGCAGAAGCCCCUAUUGGCUGAUCCCAGAUGAUGUCACUCAGGAACCAAUCCAAAGACAGAUGGACACAUAUUUACCUGCAGCUGUCAGGCUCCACACACACCUGGGGCUCCAUUACAGAAACUGACGUGUCAGUUCAGGAGCACAUGGAGGAAACACGAAGAAUUUAACUUUACAGAAUCGUCCACUGAAAUAUCACAAUAGAGUUGCUUCUCCACCGCAACUGUCAGAUAAGCUAACACUGCCGUUAGCCUGCUGGAGAAGCUAACAUUCUCCUAGCGCCCAUCUGUUCUUGUCCACCAUUGUAAGCUGUUGUCAUGGUUACGGACACAGAAACAGGCUUGACAGGACGAGUGCCAAUUAAAGGAUCGAGUUGAAAGUUCUAUAAAGGAUUUCUUUAGAUGUGACGUCGGCCACAGGACGCAGCCAUGAGUUUGGUUUUUUUCUGUCAUUGAAGCUUCAACAGGACGAGCGGUCAGUUCUUCUGUAAUGAGGCCCUGAACAGUAUGACAUCAUGUCUGACCGUCCAAUCAGACGCUGUGCUGGCUCCUCUGCUCCUCAAACUGCACUUUGCUUCAUAUUUCAGUUAUGAAGGAGAAGUUGAGUCCAGAAACUCAGUUUCCUUUUUUCCGGAACAAAGUGACCUCGUGGAAACACUCCACACAGGAAACACUGUCAGCAGCACAGCAGCAGCUCCUUCACCCGUAAAUCCUCACUUAGAUAUUUAACUUCUAUAUUUUGCUAUAAAGGAUGUGGGUAACAGCAUGUUUUUAUAUGGAUCAGUAGAUUAUUUGUAACCGUGAUGAAUGUUUGAAGAUGAUGUUUGUGCCAAAAAUAUUCAGUUUGUUCCAGAUUCGCCAAAACCCUCAAAAACAGAGAAACAGGUCACACUUGUGUGAAUGGUCUCAUCUUUAAUCCUCAGACAGUUUGAUCACCUGAACGGUACAACUGUCACUCUGUGACCUCACGUCUCUCGUCAUGUUAAACUUGAUAUAUUGUGUUUGUAUCGACAGCGGCUGAUUGUUUUCUACUCUGAAGGAUCUGUUUCUACAUGUGGUGAAUGUUUCUGAACUCUGCAGGUGUCAAACACAUAAUAAAGACGAGUCCACCGUCA